GACAUCCUGUUGUACCAGAAGCGGAGCCAGCACAGACUGGCCCCUGGCCUGUACGUGGGCUACCUGAAGCUGAGCAGCUCCGUGGACCAGAUCCGGGUGCUGGUGCCCCAGAAGAUGCCCUCCAUGCUGUGCCACGCCCGCGUCAGGGACAACGCCAACGUGUCCAGAGAGGAAUGGGACUGGCUCCAGGGCCUGUGUGUCCCGGAGGAGGGCGAGAGGGAGGGGACGGAGGGAGAGAAGGAAGGGACCGAGGGAGAGAGGGAGGGACUGGAGAACAUGCCAGAGAACCCCAGUCCUCUGCUCUACUAUGAGCUCCAGACUGCCCUGAAGACCCUGCUCAAACACAUCAACCUGCCUCUGGCCCAGGCCAGGCCAUUCCGUGUGUACAGCCAGGAGGUGCUGGAGCUGGGACAUGGUGUGUCCUUCCUCCUGCUACUUCCUGCGGCAGACGCUGUGUGUACGGCCCCUGGGCAGAGCAACCCCUACACCCCCCUCUCUGGCUUCCUGCACCUGCCCCUUCAGAUGUUUGAGCUGGUCCAUUUCUGUGCAUACCAGGAGAAGGCUGUUAGUGUGUACUGCCGUCUGUCGUCUGUCCUGGAGCUGGAUGCUCUUAUUACCCAGCAGGCUUUGCGGGAGGCCAUUACAGAUCCGGAAGUUGCCACUGCCAAGCAGAGACACCAGCACAUUCUUGACUACAUUCAGCAGAUGGAUGAGAUGUGGCGGGAGCUCCGCUGGAUCACUGACGCCCUCCAGUGCGCCCGCGAGCGCCAGCCCCGAGGCGGGGUGCCCCUCUCCUGCCUGCUGGACCCCAACUCCCAGGACCCGGACACCAACGCCAAGACAGACUCCACCUCGUCCACCAUGGACUACCUGCCCACGCCCUCGCCCUCCCCAGAGCUCCCCAGAGGCAAGGCUGGCGGUGACUGCCAGCUGGGCUCAGAUGAAGACACCUUCUCAGAAGUCUUCCUGCCCACGGACAGUGACUACGACUCCAGCGAGGCCCUGAGCCCUCGUGACCCCCCCGACCUCUACUCCCCCCCCCAGGGCCUGUCUCAGCAGGCCAUGUACGCCCUGGGGGGCAGCGCCCCUGACGUGCUCCAGAUCCAUGAGCUCAGGUACAGUGUGUGCUCACCCGCUGACCUCUCCCCCUCCCUCUCCAAAGACCUGCCCAUCUCCCCGUCACUCUCCAGAGACUACCCACUCUCCCCCCUCCUCCCCCUCUCCCCCGGCCUCUGCGACACCACCAGGACCCUGGAGGGCCUCUCUCUGUCCAGGGACAAGCCAGCCCCCAGCACCCCCCUCCGGGCCCUGGCCAACCCCCCCUCUAAGAGGAAGCUGCUGUCCCGGGGCCACGGGGCUGGGGGCCAGGGGGGAUACUUCUUCAGUGGGCCCCAGCGCUGGCUCAGGGGCCACAAUGACAGCCUGGGGGGUCCCCUGUCUGAGGGGGUAUACACCCGGCAGAGGGACCAGGACCUGCCCUUUACGCUGGCCCAGCCUGGAGACUUUCCCUCCUCCCAGCCCCUGUCUCCCCUGCCCUCCCCCCUGCUGUCCCUGUCCAGCCAGGCCAGCAGUGUGCUGGCGAGCCGGCGGGGAAGGCAGAGGGAGGCGCGGCCGCAUGUACGCAGGAUCUUUGUGGAGCCCUGCAAGGAGGCGUCCCCGCCUGGGACGGAGGGCCGGCGCUGGGCGGAGGAGGAGCUGGAGGGGGGAGAAGGAGUCGGGGUGUCGGUGGUGGUGGUGACUGAGCCAGGGCAGGGCCAGGAUGGAGGCUCUGUCCAGGAUGUGGACUCAGAUGAUCAAUCAGACGCCCAGGUGUCCGAGAUCCUCAGUAGCACGCUCUAGGACUGGGCAGUGACUCCGAAUCGGGCUCUUUGAUUGGACAGUGUUUAAGGAUGGAAGCCCAGGGUUAGAUUGUGUUGAGUAUCCGGCUCUAGGUUUGAAACCAUUUUCACGAUAACAUUCUAGGAUUGGGCGAAAAUUGGCCUUCAGAUUGGACUUUGGGAUAACAUGGUUCCACUGAGCCCUAUUGUUGUAUUUCAACUGCAGCCUUGAACUGCAAUGUAUUUUUGUGUGUGCUUGUCUCUAUCUCUGUCCCUCUUUCUCUCUCUCUCCCCCUCCCUUUUCCUACCUCUCUUUGUCCACUUCUCAGUAGCCAUGCUGACCAGACGAGCCAGACUGAGAUCAGCAGAACGAGAGUUGCAGGUCAACUCAGACCCAUGGCAACGACUGUUAAAACUAAGCCACUCAAACCAUGCAAUGACAACCCAAACGCUUCACAACACCUCUGCACUUGAAUCCGUGUUCAACACAGCAUGUCCAUCCACAGCAGCACAGCUUAGUUCCACUCAGAGGGAAUUAUUGUCCAUUCACGGAGAGAGUCAUCCACAAAGCAAUCAUCAAAAACAUGGCUGGAGCAUGGAGUUCCCCAGCUGAAGCCUCAGGAGAGCGCCUCUCUUUUUCCUUUCUCACCCCUCCCGUGGCGUGACCUUGGAGGUGUGGUGUUCACAGGCGGUGCCACCUUUAGAUGUUGUCGAGCUACAAAGUGACAGUGUCUUUAGAAACGUUCCCAGGGCUGGUUGGACGGGCAUGGUUAGGGUUAAAGGCAUGGUUUGGGUUAAAGGCAUGGUUAGGGUUAAAGGCAUGGUUAGGGUUAAAGGCAUGGUUAGGGUUAAAGGCAUGGUUUGGGUUGAAGGCCCUCUCGGCUCUCAUGGUGAAUGUAAUGUUUACACUUCCGUCUCUGUCGCAGUGCUCCCAGGUUUCACACACAACAAAGUUUCUCAAUGCUGCUGAUGUUUUCCUCAAUUAUCGUUUCAUGAAUGUUUUUUGUGUGAAAUGAUACAACCUCCCGCCCCUCACAGCCUCCACCACGAGAGGCUUAUACCUCCCUCCUUGUGUUCCUGCAUACAGUAUUUUUAUACUCUGUGUUUUAAAAAUGACUUGCUAUUUCACAUUGAAUGUCCACUGUAAGUCUUGUAAUGGAGUCAAAUGAAGAUGUUCUUUUUUUUUGUUUUCUUUUGUCUGCAUGAUCUUCUUGUGUACCAGUGUGGACUAACGUUCUGUGUCCACUUUGUGCCUAACCGUGUCUUGCAUGACAAGGUCAAAGAUUGGGGUCAGGGGACGUUAUGAAGGGCAUGGUGACCGUGCAGCAUGAGUCUCUCUCGACAGUGGGUUUUGGUGUGUCGUUAAUACUGCAGUAUCAAACAUCAGACGUCUCCUAUCGUCAGGAACAUCCAGCUCUCAUCAGUCACAGGCAGACUGUACCCAGGAACAGUAUUAGCUGGAGGUCUGAGAGGUCAGCUAAUGAUGGUGCUCAUACUUGAGCCACACAGACCACAGAUUGCACUUUGAACCUGUUAGUAUUUUUUUAUUUGAACAUAAUGUCUUUCAUAUGCUCCAACUGAAAAAGAAAUAAAUGUAACUAAGCCAAUAGCGUGAUGUUGAAUGAAUUGGUCUUUUAGAUGAAUUGUUUAACUUGAACUUGGAGCUAAAUUUUGCUGCAAAACUGGCACAUAACUCAUGGCAGUACACCAGUACAGGCUUCAAAGAGUGGUAGGAUUUGAACAGACUGCUUGUUUGCACUUAAUUUAGAAAUGAAAGCUGACUUGAAAUUCAAUGCACGGAUAAAUGGCAGCUUUCCAUUGAUAUUGAUUGUACAAGGACUCCAAGUCAGUUACUAUAAUCGUAAAGUUUUGGCGUUAUAUUUUUUAUACAGGAUGGUGUAUUUGUAUUGAAAGGUUAAAGGUCAAUCCACUUGCCUCAAUUGGUGAUUCCUGUCUUCGUUCAGUUUAUUAAAAGUGAUGCAGUUGUCAACCACUCCAUCAAAUACCAAAUGCACUAAUGUUGUCUUAAAUGUCGAAGUCCAUCACUCUCGAGCACAGCUGCACCUCUUGCUGUUGAAACGUUACGUUUUCAUGUAUUUAUUUGGUUAUCUGUUUAGAACCGCUGUUUCAGAACCAUGGUUCAGUCAGUACCACAACAUUGUAGCUACUGUAGCUGUGUUACGGAAUACAGAAACAUGAGUACCAUCAGACAAUCUGUAUAUAUUUUAAUUAACUUGUCAAUAACAUAAACAAACUUACAAAGCAUCGAAUAGAUACUUUCUUGAAUGAAAAUUACAACUUGUGUUUGUGUGUGUGUGGGGGGUGGGGGACACAAUUUGUGAUGAUGCAAGCUCUGAGGUCACAUGGCCAGGUGUGCGCUACCGUUUAAAAUAAACCUGCUCCUAUAUGGAUGUUGUGUACCAAACUA